AUGAACUCGGGCGUCAUCUCAACGCUCCUCCACCAAUUCCCGUACCAAUUCCGUGGAAUCCAGGUCCUGGCCACGAUCGGCUUCAUGGUCGACCUCACACUGUACAUCGUCUUCUCGGGGAUCUUCAUCCUUCACUUCGCGCUCUACCGCCGGCGCGCCCUGGCCGAGCUGACAAGCAACGUGGCCGAACUCUGCCUGGCGCCGACUUGGGCGAUCGCGUUCAUGACACUGACGUCCUUCGUGUCCCUGACCGUCACCAAUGCAUCGUGGGCGCGUCCCCACCCGGGCUGGACAUACCUCGCCGUGGCGAUGUGGUGGAUUGCAACGAUAUGGAUGUUCGGGAUGCUGUUCUUCUGCUUCGUGACGCUCGUGCGCGAGCAUUCCCUGCUCGACCGCCAGCUCCCAACAUUGAUCAUCAUUCCCGCGGUGGGCGUCGCGACGCUCGCCAUCGUGGGCGCCGUCGUGACGAACUUCUCGCACAGCAUCUCCGCCGGACUGGCCGUGCCCAUCAUCAUCACGUCGUUCUGCGCCGCGGGCGUCGGUCUGAUCCUCGGUCUGAUCCUAUACACGUACCUGUUUCACCAGCUCCUCGCCUACGGCUGGCCCGCGGCGGCGCAGACGCCCACGAUCUUUAUCCUCGUCGGGCCCAUGGGCCAGACGGCCGCGGCGCUGAUCCUGCUCGGCUCCGCAUCCAAAACCCACUUCCCUGAGUACAACCGGGGCACGUUCCUGACAGCGGAAGCGGCGGCGCCGAUGGACGUCGCGUGCCAGCUGCUGGCGCUGCUGAUGACGGGGCUGGGCGCCAUCUGGCUGAUCCUGGCGUUCUGCGCGAUGAUAGAUCGUGCGUGGCAUCGCGAGCUCAAGUGGACGCCGGCGUGGAACGCGAUUAUCUUCCCCACCGGCACGCUGGUGACGUCGACGCUGCUCUUUGGAGAGCUGAUGGACUCGUCCUUCUUCCGCGUUGUCACGGCCAUGAUGACGCUUUUCCUCGUCAUCGUCUUCUUCGUCAAUGCUGCUUUCACGCUCUGGAAGAUCGGAAGGGGUGAACUCUUGAUUGUCAGGGAAGAUCCAAGGGUGAAGAAGGAGCUGGAGGAGAAGCGGAAUUCCUGA